ACGAACAUGUAAGAGUACAGUAUUAACACUUUAAUAUUGUUGAUCUUCUUAAAUCUUGGUUUUUCUAUUCUAAUUAGUAAGUACUAAAACUAAAACUAGAGCUGGACUUUCACCUGGUUGAUAGAAACUAGAGAGUAGAGGGCACUACGUUAUGAUAAGUCUCAACUUCUUUGAUGCUUUUUGUUUGCCGUGCUGGCAACAUGUCAAAUAAUGAAAGAAAUAAAAGAAAGACCUUUGUUUGUUCUGUUUUUAGAUUGAGAAAUUAGGAACUUGUGGCAAUCUGUUGUAAUCAUACUAAGAGAUAUUCUAUCUUCUAUCACACACAAAAGAGAGAAAGAGGGACAUGGCUUAUGCUGCUGUUACUUCCCUUAUGAGCACCAUACAACAAUCAAUGCAACUUACUGGACUUAACCUCCAAUCGUUCUAUGAAAAGCUUGAAUCCUUGAGAUCUAUUUUGGAGAAACCAUUGAAAACGAAAGGCGAUCUUGAGGUAUUGAAAAGUUUGGAAGCUGAAAUCAUAGAGCUAGCGUGUAACACGGAAGAUAUGGUUGAAUCUGAAUCAAGGAAAGUUUUCUUAGCAAAAGACGCAGUUACACGAAAAAUAGAUUCUUGGGAACUUUUUUCCCUCUUGAAACAAGCAGUAGGACAUAUUGAUUACGUGAUGAACAAGUGGAUGGCAGUGCAGAACAUGUAUACCAAUAGCAAAGAUCUGAAAGCACAAAAUUUGUCUCUUGCCGAUGUAUCUCAACCUGCCUUAGAGCUUGAGAAUACGAUGGUUGGUCAUGAAACUGAAUUCGAGAUGCUGCAGGAUCAACUUGCCAGAGGGGGAAGUGAACUAGAAAUUGUCUCGAUUGUAGGGAUGGGUGGCAUCGGCAAGACAACUUUGGCUAACAAAAUUUACACUCAUCCAUUCAUUAUGUCUCACUUUGACAUUCGUGCAAAAGCUACUGUUUCACUAGAGUAUCGUGCGAGAAAUGUACUCCUAGGCCUUCUUUUUUCUAUAAGUGUAAAGACUUAUGAAUUUUAUGGUCAGCAAGAUGUUGGGCAACUAGCAGAUCGACUCCAAAAGCUUCUAAAAGGGGGGAGGUACCUGGUAGUCAUAGAUGACAUAUGGACUACAGAAGCUUGGGAUGAUAUAAAACUAUGUUUCUCAGACUGUAAUAAUGGAAGCCGGAUACUCCUGACUACUCGGAAUGUGGAUGUGGCAGAAUAUGCUAGCUCAGGUAAACCUCCUUACCAAAUGCGCCUUCUGAAUUCUAAUGAAAGUUGGAAUUUACUAUGCGGAAAGGUCUUUGAGAAAGAAUAUUUUUCUCUUGAAUUUGACAUAAUCGGGAAAGAAAUUGCAUUAAAAUGUGGAGGAUUACCUCUAGCAAUUACUGUGAUUGCUGGACUUCUCUCCAAAAUCGGUAAAGCAUUGGAUGAGUGGCAAAGUGUUGCCGAGAAUGUAAGUUCAGUGGUAAGCACAGAUGUUGAUGCCCAAUGCAUGAGGGUGUUGGCAUUGAGUUACCAUUACUUGCCUAAUCACCUAAAACCGUGCUUUUUAUAUUUUGCAAUCUUCCCAGAGGAUGAACUAAUUUUUGUCAGUAAACUUAUGGAAUUAUGGGCAGCGGAGGGAUUUUUGAAGGUAGAAGAGAUGAAAAGCAUAGAACAAGUGGCAGAAAAAUAUCUAAAAGAUCUUAUAGAUAGAAGCUUAAUUUCCAUCCACAGUUUGAGUUUUGAUGGGAAAAUCGAGAGUUGUGGAAUGCAUGAUGUGACACGUGAACUCUGCUUGAGGGAAGCUCAAAAUGUGAAUUUUGUGAAUGUUAUUGGAGAAAACGAUGAUCAAAAUCCAUUAGAGCAAUCCAUGCAUUUUUCCUCUAACAGUCAAGGUCGGAUCAGUAUCCAAUUGAACCAAGUGUUUCACGGUAUAAUUGAGAAAAAAUUGGAUAUGUAUCCUGAUAAUGAGGUCCGUUCCAUUAUCUGUUUUAAAGGGACCUGGUUCGUUCAAAAGUCGUUGCGUUUCAAGCUAGUAAGAAUAUUAGAUCUUGCUUUAGUGAGAUGUGAUACUUUCCCCAGCCGAAUACUUGAUUUAAUUCAUUUGAGAUACCUUGCUUUGACUCUUUCUCCUGCUGUGGAGAAGUAUAUAGGAAAAGAAAUUCCCUCAUCAAUAGACAUUCCUCCGUCAAUAUCUAGCCUAUGUUAUCUGCAAACUUUUAUACUCAAUUUUCCACAUCUCAAGCGUUGGAAAUGGGAACGGCCAUAUCCUUUCAUAUUACCAUCAGAAAUUUUGGCGAUGCAGCAAUUGAGACACCUCUGUUUGGAUUGGAAUUACUUGCGAUAUCAUGAGCCUACAGAGAAAAGUUUGGUCCUGAAAAAUUUGCAGUGUUUGUCCGGAUGGAAUCCUUGGUAUUGUACUAGUUCUGUCUUUAGACUAUUUCCCAAUUUAAAGAAGUUGCAAAUACAUGGCAUCGCGGAAGACUAUUAUAGUUGCAGGAACAUCUAUGAUUUUCGCUACUUAGAUCAGCUAGAGGAAUUGGAGUUUCAUCUGUAUUAUAACUAUCUUCCGGUUCGUCCUUUCUUUCUGAAAAGCAGACCUUCAGAUUACUUAAGGUUUACAGGGCGAAAACGACCACAUUCAGGCGAGGCGUGGGAAGUAGUAGAUGAAGGCUUUCCUAGCUUGAAACUCUUGCUCCUGGAAGAUUUGGAUUUUGAGUACUGGAGAGCCAGUUGUGAUCACUUUCCAUGCCUUGAGCGACUAUUUCUUGAACGUUGUAGGUUCUUGGAUUCAAUUCCACAAGAUUUUGCAGAUAUAAUCACACUUGCUCUGAUUGAUAUAAGGAGGUGUAAAGAAUCUGUUGGGAAUUCUGCUAAGCAAAUUCAGCAGGACAUGCAAGACAACUAUGCAAGUUCUGUUGAGGUCCAUAUCUCUGAGAUUGUAAGACAUCUUUUCCUUGAUUUACUUCUUUCUUGGGGUCCUAUAUGUUUGAGGUCAACUAAGAAAUAGAGUAAUUAACUUGUAACUAUUCAGGCUCUUCCGUGAAAGGAGCCUUCGAGCAACACUAAAGUUGUCUCUGUGAGACCUAUAGGUCACGGGUUCAAGUCGUGAAAGUGGCGCUUGCAUCAGGAUAGGCUGCCUAUAUCGCACCCCUUAGGGUGCGGCCCUUCCUCGAACCCAGCGUGAACGCGAAAUAUGCACCAGACUUGCCCUUUGAGGUCAAGUAUGAAAUAGAGUAAUUAACUCGUAACUAUUCAUACUCUUCCACGAAAGAAGCCUUGGAACGGUAAAGUUGUCUCGACCUAUAGUUCAUGGGUUCAAGUCAUGGAAUCAGUCACUGAUGCUUGUAUCAUGGUAGGCUGCAUACAUCAUACCCCAUGGGGUGCGACUCUUUUUCCGAUCCAGCAUGAACACAUAAUGUUUUGUGCACCAGACUGCCUUUUUUUAUUCAUACUCUUCCAUCUGAUUUCUAAUAGAUUGACUUUGUAAUUUUCUUGAAUAGUGGCUAAUUUUUAUGGCUCUGCCUUCUUUUACAAUGUAGUCUUAAGUUAGAUUCUUUCUUUCUCUUUAUGUUAUUUUUGGAAAUAAAUAGUUUUAAGUUUAGGUUAUAAUCCUCUUAAAUAUCCAUGAUUCUUAGUUUGUUGUUCUAGUAGCCAAACUUUCACUAGCAGGCAUGCCUAGUAUUAUACUUUUAUAAUUUCAGGCAUGUCGUUGUUAAGUUGAUUUAUAAAAACGUAACAUAUAGUUUUCCAUAGCAAGCUCAAUACAGUAAACUAGAUAAUAUAAUAAUAGCAUGCUUUAAUAAGUUUAAUUGCACCAAUAGUGUAAAAUUCUUUACAUCAUAAUUGUGUAUAAUUUAAAUUUGUCCAAUAAUGCCUUGUGCUCAUUCUUGCU